AUGCUGCCGCGUGUUGGUGAUCAAGAUGCUGUCCCUUCACUCCGCGCUAGCUUCCACCAAGCCCCUCCGAUCGCUGUGUCGACUCCCCUGCGCCAGGGCCGACCACACUCGCGCGCCGCCAGCCCUCUCCUGAGCUCGACCCGGAGCACCGUCGUCCAUCUGCGGAGCAACAUUGGUUCCAAGGGCGAGGCCCAGCAGUACCUGUCCCACUUCUCCUCCGUUUCCCCCAGCAGUUCGCCGUUAUCAAGCUCAACCGCACGAUACAAGCCGCCGGUGCCGAGCCCCAAUUUGAGAAUGGGAUCCGGGUCACGGAUGGCAAGACCCCCGUCGCUGGCGCGCAAGCUCGUUCCGGAGGAGAACAUAAAGUUGGUCGAGGAGCCGGAGCGUAUGGGUGUCCAUGCUCGGCCGAUCACCGCCGGUGUGUUUUUGGCCGAUUAUCUGGACAAGCUCAAGUAUAACCUGGUGAGUACGAUCAAUGGCGUGAAGAAAAAGCCUAGUGAGUCGGCCAUUGCAGCUGGCUGCCUACCCAUCCUGACUUCCAUGGCCGAGACCCCCGAUGGCCAGGUGCUCAGUGUUAAUGCCAAUGUGGCUGGUGGUGAGCUAGCCGGCGCUUUGGAACCAUUGAAGAUCGUUUACCUCACUGAGAAGGAUGAUCUGUUCAAUGGUGAUACCGGCAAGAAUAUCUCCGCCAUCAAUCUUGACGAGGAGUAUGACCACCUGGUGACUCAAUGGUGGGUCCGUCACGGAACUCGCCUGAAGAUCAAGGAGAGCAAGAUCUUGCUGAGCGACCUACCGCGCUCGUCCAGCGUGGCCAUCAUCCACCCUGCUCGUAACACAACUGAUGCCAAGCGUAGAGGUCGGUCAACGAAUCUAUAG